UUGUAUUGAAUGAGAAACCCCACUACACAGUAGAAUAUAUGUUACUCUUGAUACACAUUGGUGCUGUAGAUUUAUGCAGGGUCGUCUCAGUUUUUUUUUACAUCACCAGGAAACCUAUACUUGGAUUAACGUCAUAAACGACCAUUUUGAAAAUUCAACUUGAUCAGAACAAUCAAACUGCGAAAAUUUCAGUCUGAUACUUGAGCAGUACAAGGAGUACGAAGAUGUCGCCCUCAGUGUUUACCAUAGCUUCAGUCCUUGUUGUGAUAUAUGUGUUGUGCCCAGUGUCCGCGAUCUACGUCAACAACUGCAUGCGGAACAACCCUGACAAUAUCCUCCACGUCAGAGAGGCUAACACAAAUCCUUCGAAUAUUGUCGCCCCUGGCAACUUGUUGGUGAACGGAAACUUUGACAUUCUUCAUAAUGUCACUAGCGAGCUAGAGCUUUCUGUGGUUGUUAAGAAGAAAAUUUGGUUCGUCUGGGUAACAGCACAUCGGAGUACUCACCGUUUGUGUGACUUGUUAAACACGGAGUUCCUGGAAGUAGACGGAACGACAGCUUGCCCUUCCCAGUUGGCGAGUGCUGGCAUACCGUGCCGAUGUCCCUUCACCCAGGGCCGAUACACACUGCCAUUGUCCUCCUUUAACGUCAUCAAACCAGACGGUGUUCCUUAUGGAAGGUACUGGGUCAAGGCACGUUUGAGAGACCAAGACACAGGCGACUUAAAGGCUUGCUACGCUGUGGAUUUCCGCUUAUCGCGCAACUGACCUGUCCUUUAUUUUUUUUUCAGUUGAAAAUUAUUAAUAUUUUGUAUGUUGUAAUUUUUUUGUCUUGUGUUUAAAUGCAAAAUUUACUAAUUUAUCAUUUGUCGUGUUUAUUUAUAUAUUCUAUAGUAUCUGUAACAACAGCGAAAACAGCUGACACAAAACGAAAUUUCAUCUUCAAAUUGAUAGGCGUAGAGAAAGAUUAAUUGGAAAUUUAACUUAAGUGUUUUACAGGGAACUAUAUCGGUAUAUGGUCAAUAUUUUGUAGCUAAUAUACAUAUUGUACUAGUAAGCAGAUAAAAUGAUAACAAAUGACUAACACAUUACAGGUCCAGUCCCCUGUAUGUAAAUAUGUAUAUAUAUGUAUAUAUUCAUAUGCAUGAUUUGCACGAUUUUCAAAAAUUUAAUCAAAUACAAUAAAUAUUAGUCUUAUGAUAAAAGCCAAAAGUCAGCAACUUUAUUUUCACAACCGUGAACAAGCUAAAUCUUUUCUUUUGAAAUUCAAUGCACGUCUGCCUUAAAGCAAAUGAAAAUCUAUGCAGAACUACAUAAAUCAACCAGUCCAAAGUAUUAUUCUGUAGCUAGUGUACAAAAACAUUGAAUUAUUUUCAAGACUAUAACAGGAAUAAUGUAUCAAAGACAGUUCAAUAUAGAUGCAGAUUUUGUAUUGAUUUGACUCGGUUUUCAGUAUAAAAUCUCCGUGAUUUGUUCGUAUUGUUGCAAACUAAUUAAAACGUACCAAAUUUACAUAUGUUGUCUACAUAAAGAACAUCUCUUUUCACUAUCAAAACUUUCGAGUAGAUGUCCAGUUAUCAAACCUUAUUUAAUAAAAGUAUUUAAUCAGAAUCCUUUUGUACAAAAAAUAUUAAACGUGCCAUCUUAGGUUUCUAAAUAUUAAAGCAAGCGUCAAUUGGAGGACAAUCCUCUAGGUGGAUUUCGGGAAAGACAAUCCUUUAAGUCGAUUUAGGGAAAUACAAUCCUUUAAGUUGAUUUAGGGAAAGACAAUCAUCUAAGUGGAUUUAGGGAGACAGUCCUCUAAGUGGAUAUCGAGCGUUGACAUUCAUUUAUGUAAAACCUUUAAAUGUUAAAGUCACAAAUAUAGAUAUUACAAUCUUAGCUCACUGCAGCAGAGACAGAAUACAACUUGUCCUAUAUACACGGUAAUUGUUUACGUUUGUGGGUUAUGUGCCGUCAGGAUAUACAUGUUAGUAUGUGGCAUAUCUAAGAUGUCUUGUCUAAUGCAAUAACAUAGCUUACACAGCUUCAUGAAUAGAAGGUUGCUUUGCCAGAUUCUGUGAUGGAAAUUCCAAAACAAUAAGAAGAAUGCCAUUAUCUUUGCACAGCUUCCUCUGACAGUUAUUAGCUAGUUGGGCAGAGACUAAUUAGCUAAAUGAGGAACACAUUUGGUGAAAUUUUAAUCAUCUUUUUUCCCCAACAAACUUACCAUAAUUUGAUCGUUUUUAUUUUGCAAUCCAUUCUAAGUUUCGUUUUGAUGUUAAUUCUAGACAGUGUUUACAGAAAUAUUUGUUUCGUUUAAGUUAAGAUUAGAUUGAGAUAUACAUCUAAAAAGCUUAACAAUAAAGCAAGGAAAGAAUAUAUCUUAUGCCGGACAAUUCAAUGUUAACACACAUAUUUAUUAAACACCAUCAUUUACAAUAACAACUAUGAAGUUCAAAUCACUGCAGGAACGUGUACAGAUCAAUUUUAUUUAAAAAACAAUGAAAAUAACGAUAAGAUAUAGUUUUGAUUAAAUGUUAGUCUUAUUACAUGGAUUGCACGACUGAUAGCACAAAUACAUCUCAUCAGUUAGUUCCUAUAAUAAAAAAUACCAUGUUGUUAUGUGUGAUCGUAAUUGCCAUGGCUCUUGUCAGCACAUGUUAAGGUCAUACGAGUGUAUUGAUAAACGGAAGUAGGAAGUACAUCUCUAGUGUUGAAAAUCCAAUGUAGGGAGACAGUAUC